UGUGUUACGUCAUCGCCCAAAAUAAGGUAAGUUGAUUUUAUUUGUCGCUGGGUCGAGUAUUUCUCCAAGAAUUUUCCAUUAUAUCAUUAUAAAUUACUCCAUUGCAAAAACGUAUCAACAUUCUGAAAAAUGCUGCGGGAAAGGCUGAGUAAAACACGUUUUUCAUAUCCUUAUGGUACUCCUCCUACACAUAACCUAAUAGAUGAACUUCCAUAUGAAGGAAAGGACCGAAAAAUCGCAAUCUAUGGAUUAUUUUUGUCUAUAUUGGUGAUUGCAGUGAAAACUUUCACUAAAUACAGAAGCUCCAUUGAGAAAUUAAUUUUAGAACAACAGCUGGUAACAUACCAAGUAUUCUCUGAGGAUGGCAAUGAAAUGCUCAAAUAUUCUUGGAAAACAGUGGCAAAAUACAGCAACAUUUGGUUUCCAGUCAUAUGUGGCAUUUUGAGCAGCUAUUUCACUUGGAUCAUGGUUUAUCUGGAUUCCAAUGUACCGGGUGUACAACCACCUAGUCCACUUUCUCCCAAAAAAAUUAAGGAUCAAUCUGGACAUACUUUCCAUCUGAAUUAUGUAUUUGCAUUACUCAUAGGAAUCCUAGUGUUUUUCUAUAUGUUCCUGAAGGGUUCAUCAAUACAGUAUUGAAAAAUAAUUUCUAUUAAUUUAUGUUAGAUAUCAUAUUUUCACUCAUGCCCAAAGUCUGAAUUUGCUCUCAUGAAUCAAAAGUAUCCCUAGAAAAAGUAGAAUGAUUUAUUUCAAGAGUUUUGUUGAUCAAAAUGAAGUAAAGUUUGAAAAAUUUGUAAAUUCAUGAAUAGGAUUAUUAUAUUAUUUAUUGACAUAAUUAUUUAUAGGUAUGUAAUAUUUCACAAAUUAUUAUUCAAUUAAUAAUACAUAUUUGAAUGAUGUAUUUACUAUUUACAAUAAUUUAUUGUUUUUUUUCAGUGUUAUGGAAAACUAAUAAAUUAAAAUUAAUGUUGAUUCAUUUUAAGAAUCAUUCAAAUAUCCAUCAAAAUGUAACAAUACAUUGUACCCUUGAUUGUAUUUUUUAUUUAUUAUGGUAUGGACAUUUUUGUUAUUUCUGUAUUUAU